UUUUUUUCUUCUUUCUCCUCGACUUAGUACUUUUAUUAUUCAAAAUGACUUUAAGUUUUAUGACUUUCAAUGUUCGACACGACCACCAUGAAGAAUCCAAUAUGACGCCUUUUGCUGAACCUCCAGCUAAGGAAGCUCCUUUUGAUACCGCCCAAUUUCAAUACGAACAACCUUGGUCUAUUCGUAAAUGGAAGAUAGUUGAUACCAUCUUGUUGUAUUCUCCUGAUGUCGUUGGCUUGCAAGAACCUGUACAUCAUCAAGUUCUUGACAUUGAAGCACUCUUGCAUGAUCAAUACGAAUGGAUAGGUGCUGGUAGAGAAGACGGCGAUAAGAAAGGAGAGUUUUCUGCAGUAUUCUACAAAAAGGAUGUUUUGACAGUAGAAGACUGGAAGACUUUCUGGUUAUCAGAGACUCCAGAUAUUGCCGGAAGUCAAAGCUGGGAUGCUAGACAUCCACGUACUGCAACACAAGUAACCUUUAAAAAAGCAAACAGUGAUGAUAGAUUUACUGUAUUCAAUACACAUAUGGAUCAUGUAGGAGCUAACGCAAGAGAGCAAUCUUCCAAAUUGAUUUUGGAAAGAGCCAGACCUGCUAGCGAGUAUGGUCCUGUCUUCUUGUUGGGUGAUUUGAACUCGACAGAAGACGAUCCUGCUUAUCUUACUUUGACAAACUCAAAAUACCGAGAGUCCAAGGGUAAAAAUGAUACACUUGCCAACCUUCAGGAACUCAACCAAGUUUGUGCUUCUGCUUACUCUGGUAGAACAGGCGAGCCUGUUCGUACUGCUGAAAAUAAUAUGACAUUACCUACUCACCGUGUUAUUCGUCCCGGACAGCUGCUUGCUAAUUUGAAGAAGCAACAACAAGAACAAAAAUACACUGAAUAUUAUUUCGAAGAUGCAAGCUAUGAACUAGUUACUCGUAUUGAUUCCAAGGGUGACACAACUACCUUGAGUGGUCCCUUUGGAUUCAGAGAUACAUUGACUAGUUUUGGUGUUGGUAAUGACAGCGACAGGGCUCCUCUUCGCAUUGAUUUUAUCAUGCCUCUUCAAAGCAACACUUUUAAAAUCAAGGUGAUUCAAUUUGCUGUUCUUCCUAACCAAUAUGAUGAUGGUCUUUAUAUCAGCGACCAUCGCCCCGUUUUGGCCAGAAUCUCUUGGUAAUUUUCAUAUGCAAUCAUAUAGACUAAAGACCGCCAGAGAAAUAAAGCGAUUAUGUAAUACAAUUUAUUAA